AUGUUAACGGAAUUAAAUAAACGAGUUAUACAAUAUGGAGUACUUAUUAUAAGUUUAUUGGUGAUAAUAUCUGGAGGUUCAGUCCUUAUCUAUUUUGUCUUAACUAAUAAACAAGCUCAAUUAGCUUAUCAAUCAUUAAUACGUGAUCUAUUUGGUGGAUGGGAACUAAUACCGUCAAUUUCAACAGACACUAAAAAAAUGAGUCUAACUGAUCUAUUUCUACCAAUGAUAAGUCAAACUGGUAGUUCACUUUUAUUUUCAAUAAAUAUAAAGCACGAUAUAUUCGCCAUAAAUGAGAUAUCAAUUACACAAGGACUUCAUGUGAGUGAAUUCAAUGAAAUUAUUUCAAUGAAAGAACUGAAAUCCAUUUGUCCUCAGAUCAAUUGGAGUUAUUUAUUGAAAGAAUUACUGAAACAAACUGGAUAUGAAAAAUCCAAGCAGCCAUCAAUCAUUGUAGAAGGACGAUAUCAGCUUAAACAUCGUUGUGAAUUAUAUGGUGAUGUAAUGAAAACAGAAAAAGAUAAAAGAUCUCCUUUAGAAUUACCGAUAUUUACAACUCGCGCUUACUACAAUAUGAAUGCAAACCGUGUUUAUAUGAAUGCUGGAGUGUUGCAACCUCCACUUUAUUAUGAAAAUGGUAGUUUAGCUUCGAAAUUUGGAGCACUUGGCUGGAUUAUAAGUCAUGAGAUUAUGCACGGAAUAGGUAUCCAAGGUGUACUGUUUGAUUCAGCUGGUACUAGUCUAACUGGUUUGGCUGGUCUUAUGUUAUCUUCUGUGAUAGAAACUAAAGCUUCAUGUAUUAGUGAUCAAUAUAGACUUUAUGAAUUUACCGAUUACAAAUCUCUUUGUGGACAUCAUAGUGGAACUUCUCUUUUAAUACAUUCAAUAGUUGUUCCACAUGUAAUGGAAAGAUACAGAGUAUUCGGGGCGUUGGUUAAUAGCAAAGAAUUCGCACAUGCAUAUGGAUGUCCAGUUGGUUCACCAAUGAAUCCUGAUACAAAAUGCGAUAUAUGGUGA